GACGGCCCAUUCUUGUCCCCCAGACAGCGGUCCGGGCGGAGAGAGACUCGGGCCGACUGCAGCAGGCCGCACUCCGGACAUCGGCACCUCAUACCCGGAGCUGGCUGUGCAGCACGUCCGUCGCUUUCUGUCGGGUCAUGGGCUCUGCAGGUCAGACCCCAAGACAACACCUGGGCCAGUGAUCCACCAGCUCGUCGGGAGAAGACCCCCUACGCCAGUCAACCACAUGGUGCACUGCUGCCGGCCGCUCUCCCUGGCUCCGACCCUGGUGCUGGCUGGCUCAGGCUGGUGAGCUGCCAUUGUGCUCGGUCCCUUCCGGCCAGCCGCCCCUGCUGGCUGCUGCACAGGAUUACACAGCAAGGUCUUGCAGGUGGCCCUUUCAGUGGACUCGGCCCCAGACGGGUAGAUGGAGCCCAACAUGGAGGCCUGUCUGACACAGGUCCUGCAGAAGGACCUGGGUCGACGGCUGCAAGUGGGUCAGGAAAUCAUUGAUUACAUCCUGGACAAGGACAAGUCUCACGAUCUGGAGCAGGACCAGACGGUCCUGGACAAGAUGGUGGACGGCAUCGCCACCUCCUGGGUCAACUCCAGCAACUUUAAGGUGGCGCUGCUUGGUUUGGACCUGCUGUCUGCUCUGGUGACCCGGCAGCAGGAGAGAUUCAGGACUCAGGUGGGAACAGUUCUGCCCAGUCUCAUCGACAGGCUGGGAGACGCCAAAGACCAGGUGAGAGAGCAGGACCAGGCUCUGCUGAUGAAGAUCAUGGAGCAGUCGGCCACGCCACAGUACGUGUGGGACCGGAUGCUUGGCGGCUUCAAACACAAGAACAACCGGACCAGAGAGGGAGUGUGUCAGUGUCUGGUGGCUACGCUCAGCACGUACGGAGCUCAGGGUCUGACCCUCAGCAAGAUCGUCCCUCACAUCUGCAACCUCCUGGGGGAUCCCACCAGUCAGGUGAGAGACGGUGCCAUGAGCUGCCUGGUGGAGAUCUACCGACACGUGGGUGAGAGGGUUAGAAUGGACCUGAGCAAGAAAGGUCUCCCUCAGUCCCGGCUGAACGUAAUCUUUGCCAAGUUUGAUGAGGUCCAGCGAGCGGGAAACAUGAUCCCUUCCUCCGGUUCUGAUAAGAACUACGACGAUGAAGAUUCUGUGGACGGCGGCCGCUCUUCUUCCUCUUCCUCCACCAAGGUGGCCCCUAGUGGGAGAAGAACUGUCAUGAGUUCAGUGCGAAGACCAAGUGCGGCCACGACUGCCAAGGCCUCAGGUAAAGAAGCCGGCGCAGGCGCCGUCGACGAAGAAGACUUCAUUAGAGCCUUUGAAGACGUCCCCUCUGUGCAGAUCUACUCCAACAGAGAGCUGGAGGAGCAGCUGACGAAGAUCAGAGAAGUUCUGUCCGAUGAUAAACAUGACUGGGAACACCGGGUCACUGCGCUGAAGAAGGUCCGGUCGCUGAUGUUGGCCGGAGCUGCAGACUAUGAAGGCUUCUCUCAGCAGUUGCGUCUCCUGGAGGCUCCACUCAAACUGUCAGCCAAGGACCUGCGGUCCCAGGUGGUCCGGGAGGCCUGCAUCACCCUGGGACAUCUCUCGUCCGUCCUUGCCAACAAGUUCGACCAUGGAGCAGAAAGUGUCAUGCCCAUCCUGCUCAACCUGGUGCCCAACAGUGCCAAAGUCAUGGCCACGUCUGGGAUGGCCGCCAUCCGCCUGAUUCUCAGGCACACACACUACCCCCGCCUGAUCCCCAUCAUCACCAGUAACUGCACGUCCAAGUCCGUGGCAGUCCGCCGGCGCUGUUAUGAAUUCUUGGACUUGAUGUUGCAGGAGUGGCAAACGAGCACUCUGGAAAGACACGUGGCCGUCCUGACUGAGACCAUCAAGAAAGGAAUCCAUGAUGCCGACUCGGAGGCCCGCUCCAUCGCCAGAAAGUGCUACUGGGGCUUUCAUGGCCACUACAGUCGGGAAGCAGAGCAUCUGUUCCAGGCCCUGGAGUCCACCUACCAGAAGGCUCUGCAGUCUCACCUGAAGGGCUCUGACAGUGUGGUGUCUCUGCCGCAGUCCGACCGCUCGUCUUCGUCCUCGCAGGAGAGCCUCAACCGACCACUGUCUGUCAAGAGUGUCAUUGCUGGAAGCUCCACCAGAAGUAAACUGGCGAGCAGCAGGACCACAGCGGUGCCCGGGUCCCUCCAGCGCUCUCGCAGUGAUAUUGAUGUGAACGCCGCCUCUAGUGCCAAGUCUCGUCUGAGCACAGCGCCCGCCUCCUCGCCGUUCAGCUCGGCCGCUGCCCUUCCGCCGGGCUCCUACUCCUCCCUUGGUCGAGUUCGCUCCAGACGAACCAGCUCAGGCAGUGUGGGCGGAGCCAGUGCAUCUGUGGUGGACAGCAGAGGGCGCAGCCGAGCUAAGGUGGUGUCGCAGUCACAGCGAUCCAGAUCUGCCAAUCCCAUCAGUGCUGGAAGUCGCUCCAGUUCUCCCGGAAAGCUGCUGACCAGUUAUGGGCGGAUCCCUCGCAGCACUGCGCCCUCAUCCGGCACGUCGGGAGAGCGACGCAGCAGGAUCCCACGCAGCCAAGGAUGCAGCAGAGAGACCAGCCCUAGUAGGAUGGGUCUGGCCCGGAGCCGCAUCCCCCGACCCAGCAUGAGUCAGGGCUGCAGUCGUGACACCAGUCGCGAGAGUAGCCGUGACACCAGCCCCGCCCGUGGCUUCACACCUCUAGCCUCCCGACGUCACUCUCGAUCCACGAGCGCUCUGUCCGCCGCCGACCCUCACGGCCAGUCAGACCGCUAUGGUUUGCUACACCAGGCAAGAAUCUCUGCCUCUGUCAACGCCAUGAGAGUUCUGAACACUGGGACAGAGGUGGAGGCCGCUGUUGCAGACGCUCUGAGGAAGCCACUGCGGCGGCGCUACGAGUCACCAGGCAUGUACUCGGAUGACGAUGCCAACAGCGACGCGUCCAGCGCCUGCUCCGAGAGAUCGUACGGCUCCCGUAAUGGCGGCAUCCCACACUACCUGCGUCAGACGGAAGAUGUGGCCGAGGUCCUGAACCAUUGUGCCAGUUCCAACUGGUCUGAGAGGAAGGAGGGGCUGCUGGGUCUGCAGAACCUCCUAAAGAGCCAGAGGAUUCUCAGUCGAGUGGAGCUGAAACGUCUUUGUGAGAUUUUCACCAGAAUGUUUGCAGACCCGCACAGCAAGAGAGUGUUCAGCAUGUUCUUGGAGACUCUGGUGGACUUUGUGACGGUGCACCGGGAUGACUUGCAGGACUGGCUCUUUGUGCUGCUCACCCAGCUGCUGAAGAAGAUGGGUGCUGACCUGUUGGGCUCAGUCCAGGCCAAAGUCCAGAAGGCCCUGGAUGUCACCAGAGAUUCAUUCCCCUUCGACCAGCAGUUCAACAUCCUGAUGCGCUUCAUCGUGGACCAGACGCAAACGCCCAACCUCAAGGUCAAAGUCGCCAUCUUGAAAUACAUUGAGUCGCUGGCGCGGCAAAUGGACCCGACUGACUUUGUCAACUCCAGUGAAACGCGACUGGCCGUGUCCCGCAUCAUCACAUGGACCACCGAACCCAAAAGCUCUGACGUCAGAAAGGCUGCCCAGGUGGUUCUGAUCUCGCUGUUCGAGCUCAACACGCCAGAGUUCACCAUGCUGCUGGGAGCGCUGCCCAAGACCUUUCAGGAUGGCGCCACCAAGCUGUUGCACAACCACCUGAAGAACUCCAGCAACAGCAGCAGUGCUGUGGGUUCCCCCAGCAACACUUUGGGCCGGGCGGCGCCACGUCACACCCCCAGCAGAACCAGCCCGCUCACCUCCCCAACCAACUGCUCGCAUGGAGGUCUAUCUCCCAGCAGCAUGACGGAAUACGACACGGAGAACAUGAACUCAGAGGACAUCUACAGCUCACUGCGCGGCGUCACCGAGGCCAUCCAGAGCUUCAGCUACCGCAGCCAGGAGGACCUGAACGAGUCAGGCAGGCAGGACGGCAAGCGGGACGACGGAGCUGGCAGGGACGGCCUGCCCUCCGCUCCCGGCUCUGACGCCCGCUUGGCUCUGGAUGUAGUGGAAGGUGGUCGCACGGUGCUGGACAACAAGACCUCGCUGUUGAACAUGCCCUCGCCGCGCUCCUUCUCCGGGCCGCGGGGGCGAGAGUUCGCUCCGUACGGGUUUGGGGAAACCAUCUGCAGCUAUGACAAGAGCGCCCUGAAGGAGGCGGUGUUCGACGAUGACGUGGAGCAGUUCCGUGACUUUGGUCCCGACCACUCGGACCUGGUGGCCGAACUCCUGAAAGAGCUGUCCAAUCACAACGAGCGGUGUGAGGAGCGCAAGGUGGCACUGGUGGAGCUGCUGAAGGUGACUCGCGAGGACAAUGUGGCGGUGUGGGACGAGCACUUCAAGACUGUCCUGCUGCUGCUACUGGAGACUCUGGGAGACAAAGACCACACCAUCCGCUCUCUGGCGCUGCGGGUUCUGAAGGAGAUCCUGAGGAACCAGCCGGCCCGCUUCAAGAACUACGCUGAGCUAACCAUCAUGAAGACGCUGGAGGCCCAUAAGGACUCCCACAAAGAGGUGGUCCGGGCAGCGGAGGAGGCGGCGGCCACGCUGGCCGCAUCUAUCCACCCAGAGCAAUGCAUCAAAGUCCUGUGCCCCAUUGUUCAGACCGCGGACUACCCCAUCAACCUGGCCGCCAUCAAGAUGCAGACCAAAGUCAUCGAACGCAUCAGCAAAGAGUCCAUCCUGCAGCUGCUGCCUGACAUCAUCCCGGGUCUGCUGCAGGGCUACGACAACACGGAGAGCAGUGUUCGCAAGGCCAGCGUCUUCUGUCUGGUGGCCAUCUACUCGGUCAUCGGCGAGGAGCUCAAACCUCACUUGGCCCAGCUGACCGGGAGCAAGAUGAAGCUCCUGAACUUGUACAUCAAGCGUGCUCAGACCACCAACAGCAACAGCAGCAGCUCCUCCGACGUGUCCUCACACAGCUAAACAGCAGUUCAUCUGGCGCCAUCAGUGGAGGACUUUGUCCAAUCGGAGAGGAGAAGACAUCUGAUGCCAGCGCAGACCAACACUGCGGCUCAUCUGACGCAAUUCUAUCCAAAUUUGUUUUCUGACCUCCUGGAGGGGGUCAGCCGGUGCGGCCACAUCGUCCUAGAUCCCGAGCAUGCUCAGCACAACGUCCUCUCCCGGAGACAGAAGUCCCACCGCUUCCUGUCCUGCAGGACACAUGCCACUUCUUGUUGCCGGCGCCAUGCGGAGGUCAUGCGACCUUGUUAGUGGAGAGAUGAUGGCCUCAUGAAGUGGAAAGCUUUGGUUGUUCACUCGACAACGCGGCAGAAUCUAUCGCCUCCUGCUGCCGGUGGUGCUCCAGCAUGGAGCUGUUGAAGUCUCAGGGGGCGAAUUAUUUACAUCCUUGUGUCUUAAAAAUGUAACUGAUGCACUGCUGACUGCGGCUGCUGACUCUGCUUUGCUCACACUAGCAUCAGGCCUUAUUCACAUUCAGAGCGUCGCGAUGUACAGCACUGUCCAACACCAACCUCGGCUCCCCCGGCUAAGUUGCUACAAACGCUCGUAUGUUUGUUUACUUUGCGUGUUGAGUGAAGAAGCUGUCCGUUUGCACAUCGGCAUGUGGCUCCAAGCUGCGCUCGCCGCUGCGUCCGUUCACGUGAGCGGUGGCGAGGGCAGCUCACAGCACAACAAUGAAAAGCAGUUUGUUCUCUUAGAGCUGUCCAGCAGAUAACAGCUAGGAUGAGCCUCUCUGCCAGACCUCUUCACCACCACUUACAUUUUAAAGUCACAAUUUCUUCUUUGUCUUUUAACUUUGCUGAGAGAAAUGCAAUGGCAAGCGUGUCAUUUAUCCGCUCCAAGGUUUCGACGUCAAGAGUAGGGAGCCGUUUCAGCAGAUCGCCACCAGUCCCUUGGAGCGGCUGAUGAUUUCAUGAAUGUACAAAUGUGUUGUUCAGCGCUUGAUCUUUUAGAGGAGUUUCGGUACGGAAGGUUGCCCCCGAGUUUCCUGCCGGAAGCUUCCGGUGGUGAACAAAGCUGCAUGUGUGCUCAGUCAGACUUGUAUUUAUACUUUUGUCCCCUCUGGAAGUGUACAGACCUUUCGUUAUUAACUUCACCCGUGAUCGCAUCCAUGUAAACAAACGGUUUGCUCUGGAAAUAAAUCCAAAUGACUCUCGGUGACAACCGCACUCAAGCUUCGCCGGUUUGUUGUUAGCAUUUUAGCUUCUGCCAGCGCGAAGCUAGCACAGGCGCUACACAGCGUCACGAGCAAAUGAACUGCUCAACAUUUUAUUUCCCUUUUCAAUAGCAGCUAAUUCAGCUUCACAGAUCGCAGACGAGCA